AUGCAUUCCAAGAUCGCCGCUUUCCUCCUCCCCCUCCUCGCUGUCGCGACCCCCGUGCCCCAGUCCGGCACCGCCCCAGACCCGUCCCAGAUCACCAUCCUCGACAGCUCCUACUCGGGCAACGGCUGUCCGCAAGGCUCCGUCUCGACCAGCACGUCGCCGGACAAGACCGUCAUCACCUACGGCUUCGACCAGUUCCAGACCUACAUCGGCCCGGGCACCAAGCCCGCCGACCACUCCAAGAACUGCCAGCUGCACCUCAACCUCAAGUACCCGGGCGGCUUCCAGUACGCCGUCGUCGACGCGACCUACCACGGCUGGGCGCGCCUGGAUAAGGGCGUCACCGGCACUUUCAUCACGACGUACUUCUUCUCCCAGGAUGCUGGCAAGACUUCCACGACCCGCAUGACCGCCAACGGCGGCCCGCCCCUCGACAUGGGCCAGGUCUACACCAAGCAAGACAACGUCGAGACGACGGCCGUCAUCUGGUCGCCGUGCGGCACCACCGGCAUCCUCAACAUCAACAACCGCCUCUCGCUGACGUCGACGAACUCGUCGGCCGCGGGCGAGCUGUCCAACGACGAUGCGACUGUGGCUUUUACUCAGCAGCUGCAUGUUGCUUGGAGGCCGUGCACGCCUGGGUAA